GGAAACAUCGAUUUUUGUUUCAGCUCUAUUUCAAAUCGCAGCCACAAGAAAUAUAUUGCCCUCCUCCCCAUAAAAAGGAAAAAUAGAAAUUGCGCGAGCUUGAACUAGGCUUAUAAUAAAUAUAACUAAGUAAAUCGCCGUUAGGAAUCCCGCGCUUUUUUACCGUUCCAGAGAAACCAACAACAACAAAACCCGGUAGACAACUAUUGUCUAGAAAUUACGCAAAAAUUCCAUUACCCACACACUCACACAGACCCACGAGCUGCAGAAAGAAACGGAAAGUGAAGUACAAUACAUAGAGAAGGAAAAAAGAGCGCAAAAUGACUUCCGAUAUCGCCAUGCAACUGAUUGCCAUUUUGGAGAAGACGGUGUCGCCAGACAAAAAUGAACUGUUGUCGGCGAAGAACUUCCUUGAGCAGGCGGCGGCCAGCAACCUGCCGGAAUUCCUCAAGGCGCUGUCGGAGAUCCUGGUGAACACGACAAACAGCGCGGUGGCCCGAAUGGCAGCCGGUCUCCAGCUGAAGAACCACCUGACCAGCAAGGAUGAGAAGAUCAGCCAACAGUACCAGGAGCGCUGGCACCAGUUUCCCAGCGAGAUCCGCGAGCUGAUCAAGAACAAUAUCCUGGCCGCUUUGGGUACCGAGAACACGCGACCCUCUUGCGCUGCUCAGUGCGUGGCCUAUGUGGCCGUGAUCGAGCUGCCCAUGAACAGGUGGGCCCUGCUCAUCCAGACCCUGGUGAACAAGGUGGUCAGCGAGGGAUCCAGCGAGAUGCAUCGCGAGGCUGCGCUGGAGGCGAUCGGCUACAUCUGCCAGGACAUUCGAUUCGGGGUGCUGGAGAACCAGUCCAACGACGUGCUCACUGCCAUCAUUCACGGCAUGCGGAAGGUGGAGCCCAGCAAUCACGUUCGCUUGGCUGCCACCACGGCCCUGCACAACUCGCUGGAGUUCACGAAAUCGAACUUCGAGAAGGACAUGGAGCGCAACUUCAUCAUGGAGGUGGUGUGCGAGGCCACCCAGUGCCAGGACUCGCAGAUCUGCGUGGCCGCUCUCCAGUGCCUGGUGAAGGUUAUGACCCUCUACUACCAGUUCAUGGAGCCCUACAUGGCGCAGGCCCUCUUCCCCAUCACUUUGGCAGCCAUGAAGGCGGAAAACGAUGCGGUGGCUCUGCAGGGCAUUGAGUUCUGGUCGAACGUGUGCGACGAGGAGAUCGAUCUGGCCAUCGAGAGCCAGGAGGCCACGGAUCAGGGCAGGGCUCCCCAGCGGGUAUCCAAGCACUACGCCCGCGGUGCCCUGCAAUUCCUGACGCCCGUGCUCGUCGAGAAGCUGACCAAGCAGGACGAAUGCGACGACGAGGACACAUGGAGUCCGGCGAAGGCCUCCUCGGUCUGCCUCAUGGUGCUGGCCACCUGUUGCGAGGACGAUAUCGUGCCGCAUGUGCUGCCCUUCAUCAAGGAGAACAUCGAGUCGCACAACUGGCGGUUCCGCGACGCUGCAGUGAUGACCUUCGGCUCCGUGCUGAACGGACUGGAGACCAACACACUGAAGCCGCUCGUGGAGCAGGCCAUGCCCACGCUCAUCCGGCUGAUGUACGACUCCAGCGUUAUUGUGCGCGACACCACCGCCUGGACCUUCGGACGCAUCUGCGAUAUUAUUCCCGAGGCGGCCAUCAACAAGACCUAUCUGCAGACUCUGCUCGAGUGCUUCGUGAAGAGCUUAAAGUCGGAGCCGCGAGUGGCGGCCAAUGUGUGCUGGGCCUUCAUCGGCCUUUCAGACGCCGCCUUCGAGGCAGCGGUCACCACCGAGGGCGAGACCCCGGAGACCUACGCCCUGUCGCCGUACUUUGAGUACAUCAUCACCCAGCUGCUGGAGACCACCGAUCGAUCGGACGGAGCUCAGGCCAAUUUGCGCAGUGCUGCCUAUGAAGCACUCAUGGAUAUGAUCAAGAACUCGCCCCUGGACUGCUAUUUGGUGGUGCAGCGCACGACUCUGGUGAUUCUGGAGCGUCUGAACCAGGUGAUGCAGAUGGAAACACAGAUAAACAACCACAGCGAUCGCCAUCAGUUCAACGAUCUGCAAUCCCUCUUGUGCGCCACACUGCAAAGUGUUUUGAGAAAGGUCCACGAGCAGGAUGCUCCCCAAAUUUCGGAUGCCAUCAUGACCGCUUUGCUGACAAUGUUCAAUUCGAGCGCUGGAAAGUCGGGUGGCGUGCAGGAGGAUGCCUUCCUGGCCGUCUCCACGCUGGUGGAACUUUUGGGAGUGCAGUUCGCCAAGUACAUGCCCGCUUUCAAGGACUUCCUCGUCAUGGGCCUGAAGAAUCACCAGGAGUACCAGGUCUGCUGCGCUUCUGUCGGCCUCACCGGCGACAUUUUCCGCGCUUUAAAGGAUCUAAUGGUGCCCUACUCCGACGAGAUAAUGUCCGUGCUGUUGAACAACCUUGCGGAACCGAGUCUGCAUCGCAGCGUCAAGCCGCAGAUUCUGUCUGCUUUCGGGGACAUAGCAUUGAGCAUUGGCAGCCACUUCCUGACAUAUCUGAGCGUGGUUCUAGAAAUGUUGCGAGCUGCGUCCAACCUGCAGACGGACGCCAACAACUUCGAUAUGAACGAAUACAUCAACGAGCUGCGUGAGAGUGUGCUCGAGGCCUACACUGGCAUCAUCCAGGGCCUGAAGGGCGUGGACCAGACGGCUCAUCCCGACGUGAUGCACAUGGAGCCGCAUCUGGUUCACAUUAUCACCUUCAUCAAGCGCAUCGCUCAGGAGGGUGACGUGUCCGAUUCGAUGAUGGCCAGUGCCGCCGGUUUCAUCGGCGAUCUGUGCACCUCUUUCGGGCCGCGCCUCUACCCGCUGCUGGACGACGCCAUCAUCACUCACUUCCUGGCCGAGGGCAAGCGCUCCAAGGGACAGCGCACCAAGAUGCUGUGCACCUGGGCCGUCAAGGAGAUCAAGAAGAUCAAUAGCCAGGUCAUCACGCAGUAGAUCGCCUGCGAAAGGUUAAUGUUUCCCUGCUUCCCACCAGACCCUCAAGAUUGUAUGUUAUGCAGCCAAACUGUCCAGUCCGAAUUAUCUGAUUAAAAGAUUCUAUCUGCUAAGUUUGUUUGUCCGAUAUAUUGUUGCUGUGCAACUUGUAAAUGCUAAGACAAAUUGUUUAUAAAACCCCACUAGCUGUAAGCUCAAACCGAACCUCUGUUUCGACAUAAUAUCUUAGUUAAGGCCUGUUAAUCAUCGUGUGAGUUUAUUUAUCCCCAAUUCAUUGUCCUCGCUCGGUAAUGCAAACCCAAAAGCAGGCUGCCCAUUGACUAAAACACCAUAUUGAAUAUUAUCGCUGCAUGGAAUUAUGACAUUUUUAAAGAAGCCGGCGCUAAGGGCAGCCUUGUUUUGGGAUUGAUCCGAAAUCCGGCGACAUCGUAGCCCGAUUUUAAGCUUAACCAAAAAGCUAACGAAGCUGUUAUACAAAAUUAUGUAAAAUUUAAUUUUAUUUAUAAAAAUCGGUAGAAAAAAUUGCGUUAUCAAGUAAAACACAUUAAAUGCAUUGAACCCCUUUGGAAACAUUAACUUGUAGCGGCUGUAAGAACCACACUCUAAGUUAUAAGAACUAAUGUACACCCUCACUAGCCCAACAAAAAAAUAUAUAAAAUAAGAAUGAAUGUCUUGAGUGUGAACCGAAUGUGAUGGAAUGAAGCAUAUGGCUGAGAGCGAGUAUGUAUUAUUUAUUAACUAUAAGUCUGCGUGCCUGUUGUCCGACACCUUACCCCCUAUGCCAAUAGUUAUGCUGUGAUGAAUGCUUGAGAGAAACUCUGUAAAUGGUAUUUUAUGAUUGCGAGAACCCCACGAAAAUGUAUGAAACUGGAUGAGAAUUUCCUUUUUCUUUGGCGCGCGUGUGUAUCGGCGUGUUGUGUGAUAUUAUGAAUUAAGCGUAAGGACUUUUCUAGUGAAACGAAACGAAUGAUUUUAGAUGUAAGCAAAACAGCAAAUCAAAAAGAUUUUAAACGGAUUUGAAUUUAAAUUUACACGCAAACGAAACGAAACUAAAUGUUAAACACUCAAAGACGACUGAAAAACCAACCUAGCAACUAAAAAACGAAAUACGAAAUGACUUAGGGACGUACAAAGGCGAGGGCGUGGCUAUCCGAAAAAAAACUUGCACUACACAAAAAACAGCGAAAUGAAAUCCAGAAUAGAAAUCAAUAUUCAAAUCAGCCACGCUCAAAGCCCACAAAAGCACGAAAUUAUGAAAUUGUUUUAUUUUUUGUGUAUACGUUUAAGUGUGCUCUCAUUAAUUCCAACCAAUGACGCUUAAUUUUGCCUCUCACUUUAUUUUAUUUUGUAUUUAAAUGAAAAUGGCGAGAAUAGCAACGAGAAUCCAACAAAACAGCAAAAACAACAACCAAGCAACUACCUGCAGCACACAAACCACAUGUAUAAUUAAUAUAUAUAUUAGGUAAACGCAAGAUACUAAAACUAAAUACGCAACGGACCAGGGUAUACAAAAAAGAAAUAACAAAAAAACCACAAAGGAGCUAGAAAUAUCUGUAGUAAUUUUAAAUCUUCAGAAUGUGUACGAUUUAAAGCUGCUACAAAUUUUUCUGGAAGCCCUGAAAAUCAUAAUUUACAUAGAAAUAUAGAACGCGCAUAAAGACACUUGACAGCUUGAUAGGACAAAACAACGACACAUACUUCAUUUAGAUAUUUUAUCAUAUACAAACCAUACAAAAAACAUAACCAGAAACUACCUUACGAAAAAGACGCGACUGUGAACGAUGGCAAGUAAAUAGAGGAUAAAAAUGAAGUCGAAACUAACCGUUUAAAAUCUUUUCACAACAUUUAAACACACUAAAAACAUGGAGUGAAGUGAACUAUUGUGAACUACUUUAGAUUUAAGCGCACAUAUAAUACGAAUACUAUACACCAGUUUCAAAAUUGUAAACAGAAUAGAAUUUGUUAAACUAAGCUUAAAUACCUACCGGUUUUUAACUUUCUUCAAUGAAUUCUUCAGCUCGGCAAGUUGUCAUUUCAAAAGUAAAAAUCUUUCAUUGGUAAUAUUUGUCUCGUUUUGCAAUAAAAUAUCGCACAGCCGUCCAAGAGAAGGAAGAAAUUAAAAAAAAAUUAACGAUUGUUUUAUCAGAUUUGAACAUAUCAAAAAUUAGAUUUUUGAAAUGGCAACUUACGUACAGCACUCAAAGGAAACUUGAAAUGGCCAAAAUUAAUUAGAUAAACACUAAUAUUAGCUAUGAAUGAUCGGACGCGGAUGAUUAAGAUGAGUGACUCUGAAUCUUUGGAAGAUCGAAAGCUGAGCAACGCCUAAAGGAACAUGAACGUUUAUGGCUGUGCUAUGCGAAAUGUGUGUUGAUUGAGUAUGAUGCUUGGUGCUGAUUAUUAUGAUGAUGACACUUGUGCAUUGAAUGAUGAUGAAUUAUGUGAUGAUUGACAAUGGUUGUUUAUGAGAGUGACUGAUGAUGGGAAGAGUAUAUCUAGACGAAAUCACCAACAAACUAAUACACGUCACUCAAAUCAUUUAGCACAAAUUUCUACGUUUUAUACAUACUUACAUUUCCCACUUUUAUAAACAGUAGGAGUGCGUGAAAACUGUGACUGAGUAAAUUUGUAUGUAACCAUUCCAAAAAAAAAAAACAAAUAUAACAAAAAUCAUUAAAAUCGAGGGACUAUUGAGUUUAUUACAUCUAGCUGUUAAGAAAUGAUUUCAUGUCACUAGAGUAAGCCAGUAAAAUGGCAAACGGUGGAAAAGCAAGCUCCAAUAAAGGGCACGGUGGACCCGCUUUUCGGGCCAUCCACUGUGCGAAAUAAAGGGUUUUCAGUGGGCUUGCCUUUUAACCCUUGCCUUGUGUGCGAAUGGUCGUCGUCUGAUCUAAGCUUAAAAAAUAAAUAAACUAAAAACGAAACUGUAACUUUGCCUGUGAUUCGAUCAUCUGUAUGGAGUGUGCUGUAUGAGAGUAUUGUGUGGACUGGAUAUAUCUGAUAUCUGUAAUGUAAGAGAAAGCACCCCGCGCAGCAGAGAAAUGGUAUUUUUUUGUAAACAUUUAAAGGAUUACAAAUAAAUGCACAAUUGCAUGUGAACUAAAAACAAAUUGAGAACGUAACAUAUGGUACUGAUUUUAUACUGAGAACCGAGACUUACUAUAUAUACAUACAUACAACUACACAACCUACAACUUACUUAAGGACUCACAAGGAUUACUUUACGCGGGACUUUAGACAACGUACGCUAGAACAAUACUUCACACGAAACGCCAACUAGUGAAAUUUACACCCACAUUACAAGCCACGCAUUACACCAACGUACAUAUGAGCAUUAUAAUGGAUUAUCUUAAAUAUACACUGACAAUUGGUGACGCUGACGCGCGGUGCUUUAGCCGAAUUAAAUCUAGUAUAUGUGCUACUCGGUAUGCUAGUUAAUCCUAAUUUAGUCAGUAAGUAGGGAUGCGCGAGAGAACACUUGACCCACGAUUGCGAUAGGAGAGAAUCAAUUAUGUUACGUUAUUUAGUAUGCUGUAUUAUCAAUUAUUAAAAAAGGAAACCCCUCUGAAUAUCAAUGUGCGGCCUAACUGUUCGGAAACAAAUUGUAUGACUGAUAGUUUGUACGCGAAAUUUUAGCAAAUGUAAAUUGAGUCUGUGUGCAAGAGCGAGAAUAAAAGAAUUUUGAAUGCAAGAGCAACAAAAA